UUGCAACAAUGUUUUUUCUUUUCUUCUCCGCCGAGGCAAAUUACACCAGAAUAUCUUCUUCACCAGCAAUAUAUAAACCAUAUAAACUUCUCUUAGCUAAAUGAACACAGUAUUGUACACAAAACCAUCCAAUAUGGCUUCUUCUUCUUCUUCUUCUUCUUCUAAACAUGAUGUGUUCCUUAGUUUUAGAGGUAAAGCUACCCGAUACAAUUUUACUAGCCAUGUCUACGGUAAUUUGUGUGAAAAAGGAAUUAGGACAUUUAUGGAUGAUAGACUUGAAAGAGGGGAAGAGAUUGAGCCAGCAAUCAUAAAAGCAAUUAAAGAGGCUGAAGUUUCAGUUAUUAUUUUCUCAAACAAUUAUGCUGAUUCUCCAUGGUGCUUGGAUGAACUUGUGAUGAUCUUGAAGUGCAGGGACGAACAACUACAGGACGUAAUUCCUGUAUUCUACCAUGUUGAUCCAGAUGAUGUAAGGGAACAAAAAAAUAGUUUUGGCGAGGCAUUAGCUAAGCACAAGCGGCAUUUCCAGGGCAAUCCUGAUAAGGUGCAAAAGUGGAGAACUGCAUUGACAAAAGCCGCCAAUAUUGACGGGAAGGAUUUGACUGAGGCCACGUAAUUACCUUUAUAAUUCUGAUAAUACUAUUAACUUUAUUUAUCUAGUGUGAUUAUUUGUUUAAUCUGUGCUUAGUAAUUAAACUUACUAUAGUUUUUUCUUCAUACACUGUUGCU